UACGUUCCCUGGUUUUUCCGACGCUCCGACGGCCCGGCUGGUGCAUACAUAUUUUAAAUUUUUGUUCACAUGUGCUUCUGCCACGAGCACAUAAAAACAAGCUGAAACCCCUCGACUUUAUACCCCGCCCAUAGUAAGGAUGAGGAGCUCAUUUGUUCUGCUAUCCUGGAUCUCCGGUAUCCAUGCUUGGAAAACAUUCAUAGUUCCCCAUCAUGGCGGCGACGACACACCAGGACUGACAGCUGCUCUCGCUAACGCCAAUUUAACCUCAAACACCACGAUCCUCUUCCAAAAAGGCAUUACAUACAACAUUUUCACACCCGUUACCUUCCCGGUUUUGCAGAACGUUGAAGUACGUAUUGAGGGGAACUUGACGUUACCUGAGGAUAUUUCAACUGUUCAGGGAAUUGUCGGAGGUUCGUCUUUUCCAGGUGCAUGGUUUACAUUUACGGGUGGUACAAACGUUACACUCCGGGGAUCUACAAACCCACACUGGGGUUGGGUUGACGCGCAUGGGCAAGCUUGGUGGGACGCAAAUAAUCAAGUAAAUCGUCCCCACGGUUGGCGGUUCUCAAAAAUCGACGGUGGUGUUAUCCGGGACAUGAAAUUAUGGAAACCUGUCGCGUGGAAUUUUGCUACCAGUGGAUCGAACAACAUACAUGCUUUCAAUAACAAGAUCAUCGCGGUGUCGGACACUGAGUCCUUCCCAUUCAAUACGUGCUUUCUUUUUCUGUGUAGAGAUGGUUUCAGCGCCGGUGGUACCAACAUGUUAUUCGAGAACAAUCACAUCGAAAACGGAGACGACUGCUUAACGGUCGGAUCUGGUUCAAAGAACAUCCAUUUUAGGAACUCCUACUGUAGCGGUGGACAUGGUUUAUCCAUCGGGUCACUCGGGAAAGGAGGUAGUGUUGCCGAUGUUCAGGACGUUUUGAUUGAAAACAUCGUUAUGGAGAAAUCCCUUUACGCCGCAAGAUUCAAGAGUUGGACCGGUGGUAACGGGCUUGCUCGAAACAUUACAUGGAGAAACAUUCACUUCCGGGAUGUCCCAUUUCCGAUCUACGUCACUCAGAACUAUUGGGAUCAAGGUGUUGGUCCUAAACCAAACACGUCCGAGUCAGCAAUCAACAAUACGCACAUUCAGGAUUUCAUGUUCGAAAACUUCUCCGGGACGAUUAAGGAUGUUCCAUACGUCGAAGGUUCCUGUGUAACAGAUCCAUGCUGGUACGCUGUUGCGAACGCGACUGGAAAAGAAGUCAUUAUCUUCGAUCUCUAUCCCAAAACGGCAACGAAUAUCGUAGCCAAGAACGUUCACGCUGUGACAGAAACCGGAGCAGAAGUUGCUGCUAUGUGUGAUCCAACAACAAUAACGGGGAAUGUCGGGUUCAGAUGUCAAAAUGGACCUUUUAAACCAAACCGCGUCUAGGGUUCGGAGCAUUAGUAUACAAAGAGAGGGGGUGAGGAAACCUAUGUACAAGAUUGUAAGCUACGGGCCAGGAAUAUCAUAAAACUGCGUCCGCGAGUACGAAGAAUUUACGCCAUUCAGCUGCUGUUUCACCGCUCUCCACCGCGCAACAUUCAA